CUCCCUGUUGUUCAGGAGAAAUUCAAAGGGAAAAUUAGAUACAUUCUAAAUUAGAAUAUUUUGUCUCCAUAUUUUCUAUCUCAACAGAGAAAGUAGAAAUGUUUGAAAGCAAUCACACAGUGACAACUGAGUUUAUUCUCACGGGAUUUAUGGGUCACCCAGAUCUGAAGAUCCUUCUGUUUGUGGUAUUCUUUGCUAUCUAUCUGAUCACCAUGGUGGGGAACCUUGGUUUGGUGGCAUUGAUUUUCAUGGAGCGCCAUCUCCGCACACCCAUGUACAUCUUUCUGGGCAACCUGGCUCUGAUGGAUUCCUGCUGUUCCUGUGCCAUCACCCCCAAAAUGUUAGAGAACUUCUUUUCUGAGGACAGAAUGAUUUCCCUCUAUGAAUGCAUGGCACAAUUUUAUUUUCUCUGCCUUGCUGAAACUGCAGACCUUUGUCUCCUGGCAGCAAUGGCCUAUGAUCGCUAUGUGGCAAUAUGUCGUCCACUGCAGUACCACACCAUGAUGUCGAAGAAACUCUGCAUUCAGAUGACCAUAGGGUCCUACAUAGCUGGGAACCUGCAUUCCAUGAUUCAUGUAGUACUUCUAUUAAGGUUAACCUUUUGUGGAUCUCAUCAAAUCAAUCACUUUUUUUGUGAUAUUCUUCCAUUAUACAGACUGUCCUGUGUCAACCCUUAUAUCAACGAACUGAUGGUCCUUAUCUUUUCAGGGUUACUUCAAACCUUUACUAUUACCAUAGUCCUAAUUUCUUAUCUUUGCAUCCUUUUCACUAUUUUCAAAAUGAAAUCCAAAGAAGGAAGAGGCAAAGCUUUAUCUACUUGUGCAUCUCACUUUCUCUCUGUCUCAAUAUUUUAUGGUUCUCUUCUCUUCAUGUACAUUCGACCAAGUUCCUUUAAAGAAGGGGAUAAAGAUAUACCAGUUGCUAUUUUUUAUACUCUAAUAAUUCCUUUACUAAACCCUUUUAUCUAUAGUCUAAGAAAUAAGGCUAUAAUAAACAUUAUGAAAACAAUUAUGAAGAGAAAACCUCAUAACAUGUUCAAAUCCACCAGCUGCUCCCUGGAAACUCAAUGAGGUGGUUCUGCUCUGUCUUAUAGGGUGGCUAUGAGUUGGAAUGACUCAAUGGCAAUUUUUUUUUAAUGCAGAAAUUUACUUUUGAAUUAUAUGAUCUGUUUGAUUGAUCCAUCUAUUGAUUCUUGAUCUAAAAGUUAACGGUUUUAAAUAUUAGAGCUUCAUCGUAUAUUUUAAUAUUUAGUACACAAAGUAU